AUGCGGCUCACCGUGAAGAACGCCUUCCACGGCACGUACCUCCCAGAUUUGGUGAAGGUGGGGCUCCUCUCGGGGCCGCUGGAGUGUGCCGAGGACGUCAAUCACGCGCUCCAGCAGGAGUGCCAGCUCGAGAUCGACAGCAGCAUGCACGACAUCGUCUCUACCAACGCAGCUACUGAGCCUGAAUUCGACAACCACGCCUUCAGCGAGCGUGGCAUCCUCAGGAAGGGCGCGGCCUCCCGCCUGCUGGGCGGCGGCCGCAAGGCCACGCAGCCGAAGGCCGAGGACAUGAAGCUCCUCGAGGGGCUGCGCCUACUCUUGGGCGCUCCAGCGCAGGCGCCCCCCAAGCAGCCGCCGCAGCAGCCACAGCAGCCGCAGCAGCGACGGGGCAAACAGACCUUGCGAGAGGCGUUGCAGGACGCUCUCGGCAGGGCUCGGACGGACAACGCACUGAAGGGCAAGCUCGUGAAGAUCCUAACGGCAGUGGACGGCGGGCACAUCACCCUGAGCGCGGACGGGAACAGCAGCGGCGCCCCUCUGGCGGGCGACAACAAAGGCAAGGGCGCCGCCGCGGCUCACAGCAGCGGCGGCGGCAAGGGCAAGGGCGGCGAGGCCGCCAACCUCGGCGCCACGGGCGCCAAAGCCAAGGACAAGACCGCCUCCGGGAACCCCAACGGCAGCGGCAAAGGCAAGGACAACGGCACCGGCAAGCCUCCCGCGAAGACUGGGAGUGGCGCCCGGUCGCUCUGGCAGCGCGACUGGCCGGAUGCGACGCUCAGCCGGGCCGGCGCCGUGCUCGGCAAGCUCAGGCAGGCCGAGCUGCCCAGCAAGGGACAGACAGCCACCCUCGCCGACACCGUCGACGAGGCCGACGAGAUGCUCGCGCUCUGGCGGCAGCACUUCGGCGAGAACAGCGCGGGCGAGGAGGCCGCCAAGGACGCCAGCCUCACCGUGGGUGUCGUGGUCAAUCCGGUGGCCGGCGUCUCCUGGAAGCCGUCAGGGGCGGCGCGCGCCGCCACCAAGCACAUCACCCUGUCCAAGAUGGAGCCGAACGAGAAGCUUCAGAUCAAGCUGGUCGCCCUGGCCACGGUCGGCAAGGAGGUCACUGGACCUGCCGGCCCGGUCGUUCAGAGCGCCGCGAAGCUUCCAGUCAAGGUGGACACGAUCACCGUGCGCCUCACGGUCUUCGAUAAGUACAUGGACGCCCUGAGCUUGGGGAACGCCAACGCCCUGCUCAAGCAGGUCUGGCCGGCCGGGGCGAAAGGCAUGCAGUUGGGCAAUUGGCGGCCCACGGGCUCGCACGACGAGGCCCAGAGCUACAACAUGUACGUCACUGGCACCAAAGAGCAGGUCGACGCCCUCAUUGCCAUCAGCGGCAAGAAGGGCGUUUUCGUGGGGCACCUCGCCACGACCAGGAACAAGAUGGCGCGCACUACGGUGUCGUGGGUGCCGCGGCCAGCGGACAGCACGGACAAGGAGCACCUCGAGAUUGCCCUCCAAGCCGCAGCGGGCGCCCCGCUGGUCCACCGGAUCGGCGGCGGGCCAGACCUCGGCUUCGAACGAGCGGGGAUAGACGUCAAAGCGCCCCCGCCUUUCGUCUGGAAGGCCACGACUCCCAAGUGGUGGCGUUCAGAUCAACUGGAGAGUUUCCUGACAGGGAACGGCUGGACGGAGCCGCAGGUGACCGGCGACCUGGGGCACGGUGUCUGGCGGUUCCGCGCCAAGGCGCGGCCCGCGGAAAGCACUUCGUACAUGUGGGAGGGCGCCGACCCGUCCGAGAAGAUCACUGCUCUGCCAAUGCCGCGGAAGGUCAAGCAGGAGACGGUGGGCAAGCAGCUCCGCAGGCCCGCGCUCCCCUGGCUCGACGACGAGGACACCAAGCCAGACGACGACGUCGCCAUGGACGACGCGGACAAGAAGGAUCAGCCUGGCGCUGGAGGCCCUCCCGCGCCGGCAGCGGCCGCGGGCGGUCAGGGCGCCGACCAACAGGGAAAGCAGCAGGACCAGCAGCCGCCCCGGGACCCAGCCACCAAGCAGGGCAAGGGCGCGGACGACGGCGACCGGGCCCACAAGCGGCUCAGGCUCGAUGGCAACAACGUCAUCAAGGACAAGACGUGCAUCCUCGACGGCUACGAGGUAGUCGAAACCGGCGGCAAGGGUGCAUGCGGCUACUGCGCGGUGGUGGGCUCGGGCAAGAUGGCCAAGGACACCGCGGCCGAUCUCAGCUCCCAGGAGGUGCUGGACAAGAUCAUGAAAGAGGCCGGCACCCUCCGGGUCCAGACGGUCCAGCACAUGACCAACAACCCCGACGUGUGGGAGCCGUACUGGUGCUUCGACCCUAAGGCCGCGAGCCACACGGGACGCACGUGGGCCGAGUACCUGAACAAGUGCACGGACAACGCUUUCUACAUGGACGAGCUCCAGCUCACGGCGACCGCGACGCGGCUCAAGCGGAUGAUCACGGUCGUCUACCGGGACGACAAGAACGGAUGGGCCAGGAGGACCCUGGGCGACCAGUUCCGCAAGAAGGGGUGGUUCGUCUUGACGCUCGUGAAUGAGCACUUCCAGGCAGUCCGCCCGGUGGCUUCUGGCUGGCCGGAGGCUCUCGCCGAGGACGUGGGGGGAAACAUGCCUUGCAGGGGCAGAGGAGGCGGCCGCUCGGUGCCACCCCCGGCCUCCACGAGCAGCAGGGCGCGCUCGCGCCCCCCCGCCGGCGCCGGCCGGCACGUGCAGCAGGCAGCCUCACCAGCUACGGCGUUCUCCUGGGCCACGCGGAGCCGGGCUGGCAGCCGCGGCAGCAAGGCGGCGCGGGCCCACGCCCCGGCCCCGCAGUCGCCGGCCUUCUCCUGGCUCUCAGAGGACACCUUCGCCAGGGACGCCGCGAGGCCGGCCAGCGCGGCGGGCCGCGGCCAGCCCGUGCAACAGCAGCAUCAAGGGUGCCGCGCCGGUCGGUGCACGGACUACGAAGGCGCGGAGUUCCGCGGGCGCAGCUUCGCCCCGUUCUACGGCAGCUUUCUCCUGGCUCUCUGGCCGGCCGCAGGCAGGCUCGCGAGGGCCCGCUCAGACGAUCAGAUUGCGCGCGAGGAGUUCGAAACGUUCCUCUGCUCUGCACGCGCGGCGUACUCGCACGAGGACCGGGCCCUUCCCGCAGCCCAGAAAGCGGAGAUGGACGGGCUGACUGAUCAGAUGCAUCAGUGGCUGGACUCCUCGAGGGCCGGCGGCCGGGCCCCCACUCGAGCAGCCGUCAAUGAGAAGCGCAUCGAGUACGACGCGGCGCUCACCAGGUGUACACUUGCUCACCCGCUCCGGGGCGACAGCUAUGCCUGCCCCUGCGGCUGGCGGCCGAGCCCGGGCGCGGACUGGAAGACCAGCAACGACCUUGCACGUGCACAUUGGUCAGCGUGCCAGCCUGGGCGGAGGUGGCCCCGGCUGCCGGCGGAGAAGAAAAGAGCCCUACUCACCAAGUAUCGGGGCAACCACGUGGCCGGCUGCAGCGCAGCCGCCUGGGCGGAGUACGACGGGCGCAUGGGCACCAUGACGGGCGAUUUCAAGGCGAAGUGCUGCGACCUCGACCGCACGGACCAGCAGUGCACCAAGAACACGAUCGGCUGCAAGCUCACGGCCUUCAAGUGCACGCGGUGCGACGCAUACGUCCAAAGGAACAGGGUCUGGGAAAGGCCGUGCCCUGCGGCGGGCAAGAGGCCGCUCGGGCAGAAGAAAGGCGGCGGGCCCUUGGACCUCCCCACGUUGUGGGAGUGGCGGGCUGCAGCCAAGGGCUUGUCUGGGCAAGCCGCCAAGGACAACGUGGCCGGGCAGGCCGCCAAGUCUAACGCAAAGAACCUGGCGUGGCAGCGCAAGCGGAAGCUCGACCGCACGGACGCGGAGAGGGCCGAGGACAACCGCAAGCGGAGGCCGCGGCAGGCUUCCGACGGACAGCUCCGAGUGUGGUCGUGCAACGUCAACGGCCUCAAAGACCAAGGCCCGGACCGCCGCCAGCAAGGCAGUGCGAACACGGGAAAAUGGGACAGGGUUUUGGGCCAGCUCGCCGAGCAUCGGGCCCAGGUGUGCGCGCUGCAGGAGACGCACAUGGACACUUUCAGCUCCAGACGCUUCGUGGCGCAGGCCAGGGCGGGGGGCUUCGACAGCUGCUACACGUCCGCGGGCACAAACAGCUCGGCUGGGGUGGCGCUCCUUGGCCCGCCAGAGCUCCGCGAGGACCCCUGGGCGUGGGGCGGCAGGCACCAAGGCCGAGUGGUCUCUGGAAUCCUCAGCGUCCGGGGCCAGGCCGACGUCUUGAUCGUCGUCGUCUACGGAGACGUCAACAGCCAGGACAACCGCGCAAGCCUCUACGACGACGUGGCCGCGCGAGCCGCCCAGGCAGGACUGCCGACGAUCGUUAUGGGGGAUUUCAACUGCGAGCCCUACGACUCCGAGCUCUUCGCUGUCCGCGACAUGAACUACUGCCACGAGAUGCUGGACAUUCAGGACAUUACCACCCACGGGGAGAGGCUCCUGGACUUCGCCUGCUUGCAGCAGCUGGAGGCCCAGACCUUCGCCACGGACACGGCCAUUAGCGACCACGACGCGAUCGUUUUUGAGCUCUGGCGGGAGCUCCGGACGCAGGUGCAGACCGUGGUCAAGUUCGACGAGCUCAACCCGCCGCUCGCGACGGAGGACUGGGACGAGACCUUCUCCCAGGCCAUGGACAAGCGCAGAGACGAGUGGGACGCUGCAGCGGCCCGCCAGGAUGUGGAAGCUAUGUGGGCCCUCUGGUGCGACAUGCUCGAGGACUCCGCCGGCGUCCCGGGCAACAGGCAUCGGCGCAAACACGGCACCGUGCUCAAGCGCUGGGAACGGGUCUGCAAGGGCCCAGACGGACAACGGCAGACGGUGGUCGAGAGACGUCUCCACAGGCUGCUCCGGCGUGUCCACCACGCCCUCGAAGGGCCUCGGGCCGGCUCCGACGGCCUCUCCCUCUUUGGCAAUAUCCGCAGCGGGGUACAGAGCCUCGUCGACGACGGCGUCCUGGGCGAGGGCACCGCGGCCGACGGCGAGGAUUUGGCAGCGCUCCGCACAACGAUCCUCGCGAAGCUCCAGCAGCUGGCCGAGGAGAACAAGCAGCGCCGGCUCGCGGCGUGGAGGGAGCGGCAGCAGGCUGGAGACCUCAAGGCAACUUUCCGGUACGUGGCCGACAGGCCCCCGCUCUCUGUGAAGGCGGCCUCAGACCAGCGUGGCCGGCCCACGGCCGACCCCAAGGCCAUCGUCGCGGCAGCUGUGCGACAGUGGAAGAAGAAGCAGCACCCGCGUCUGGAGCAGCACCAGAUCGGCGACUACCUCCGGGAGGUGAGGGACGUUGUCGAGCUCGUGGAGCCGCCGGACAUUGGCUGGAUGUUCGAGGCGCCGGAGCUCCGGGCCGCCCUCCGAAAGACCGCCGGCACUGCGGCGGGCCCCGGGCAAAUCAAAGCAGAGCAGCUCGCACAGGCCCCUGGCAUCGUGCUGGACCUCCUGGCAGACCUGGCAAACGCCAUCAGAGACACGGGGACUUGGCCCGCGGCCCUCAAGGCGCAGGAGGUGACCAUGAUCCCAAAGACCAGUGACAAGCCCGACUUGCGGCCUAUUGGCGUCGCCCAGUCUGUCGCCCGGGCCAUCAGCAGGGUCGCUGUCAGCAAGUACAACCAGUGGGCCAGCCAGGUCCAGCCCACGGAUGCGCACGAGAUCCUGCUCACGGUGGACCUCGCUAUCGAAAAGGCCGCCCACGAGGGCACCCCGCUGCACAUUCGCCAGAGCGACCUCUCGAACUGCUUCACGCGGAUCCAGCCGGAGCUCGUGGUCGAGGUUGCCGUGCUCUUCGGCAUGCACCGAAAGGACGCAGUGCUCCUCUUCAUGAACAAUGUCGGCCGCGACACGGUGGUCAAGGUGAGCGGCUACGCCAGCGACUUGCUCCUGGUGCUGCGCGGCCUGGCACAAGGCGACCCCGCCUCUCCGCUCGGCGCAGCUAUCCUGGCGGGCGCCCACGCGCGCAAGGUCUGCUCCGUCUUCGAUGUGGGAAUGGGCACCUACGUGGACGACCGGACCACCUACGCCGACGACAGGGACACCCUGGACGGCGCCGAAGCCCUGCUCAGGCGCCUGGACGAGCUGAGCGGCCAGAAGGAGGACGACAGCAAGCAGGACAGGGCGGCGGUGAACGUCGCCGGCGGCCAGCACAAGGACCACCUCGACUUGCUCGGCGUGCGGCUGGAUCUCACUGGCCGGAAGCCGCCAGCGGCCGCCCCGCGAGCCAGGAAGCGGGUGGCCAACCUGCUCGACAAGCUGCGUCGGCUGCGCACCGUGGCCAAGGCAGCGCGCCUCGGGCGCAGGGCAAGGAAGCGGGUCGUCAUGGCCCUGGCGGGCAGCAUUCGGUGGGACGCGCCGUGGUGCUCGUUCCCCAAGGAGACCGUGACCCGCGCACGGUCUGCCAUGGAGUUGGCACUGGAAAGCAGACGCAGGCACGCAGCCUGGCGCCACAAGGGCGCGGCAUGGUGCAUGAAGGACAAGGCCUGGAAGUUCGAGCCCGACGGCCUCGCGCUCUCCAGCACCGUGAGCAUGCUCAGACGCGUCGCCCGCACCCACUUGGGGCCCGCGGUGGAGGCGCGGUGGGACCACUGCGACGGCAGCGGCCUGCGCUGGCUGGACCGGGUCCGCGGGGUCCUGGAGACCAUGGGCUGGCACCCCGGCCCGUCGCCCUUCGAGGUCGCCUUCGGCGGUGACGGCUUCCGCCUCGCGGAGGUGUCAAAGAGCUUUCUGGACCACUGCGUUCGCGAGACGUGGCGGGCCCACACGAUGCGGACCUGCAGAAUAACCGCCAGGAAGGUGCCGGUCGAGGUGCCGAGCUUGGACGUCAAGACGUUGCGGCGCUUCGUGGAGGAGGCGCCGACGGCCGCGGAGCAGAGGUGGCGGUGGCGAUGCUGUGUUGGCGCCGAGCCUUCUCCAGACCGCCUCAGCCACGUCACGGACGAAGUGGCGCAUGACUGCCCCAUCUGCCACAGUGCUGCGACCACGUGGCACUUGAUGUGGCGGUGCGACGCCACCGAGCAUGAGCGGCAGCGCCGGGGCCUCCACGAGGCCACCAUCGGCGGGCAUCUGCCUCAGCACGAACGGUCCGCCCUUCUUCUCAAUGGGUGGACGAGGGCCGAAUGGGACCCCCCUGACGGCCAGUCGCAUGAUGCGCACCGCGCGGCCGCCAAGGGCCAGGGGAAGCUCGCCUUGAACAUCCUGCGCUUGAAGGACCGGGUCCUGAAGCGCUACUGGGACAUCUUCGUGGGCAUCGCGCCGGAAGCGGGCCACGGCAGGAACCAGGCCGCGAGGCAGGGCAGACCACUGCCACGAGCAGGAGGCAAGGCGGCGCUGCCGGCCCUCUCCCGUCCCGACACGAGCAACCAGACGCCGGCCGGGCUGGCGAACCAGGACAUCCCGCAGCACGCCGGGGACAGGGACAUUUCGCAGCACGCCGCGGCGGCAGCUGCGCCGGCCGACCGGAUGAGGAUUUUCGUGGAGGGCGUGGACGUGGACGCGGAGGACGAGGAGCAGCAGGCGGACCAGGGCGGCCAUCGCGCGGCGCCCGCAAUGCCCACCUACUUCACACGCGGCGCGAAGGUCGCGCUGGAGUGGGACCCCGCUGGAUUCACGGAGGGUCACGGGGGGCGCCAGGCAGAUCUUAGGCACGGCCGCGUGGUAUGGAUCGCGUUUAAUCUCACCGCGAUUCUGACGUCGCUGAGCCCGCGCGGCGCGGCGCUGGCCGAGGACGAAUUUCAGGUAUUUGUGCGGGCGCUCGCGGGAACCGCUGUCACGCUGGACUUGAGGGCCAGCGACACAAUCGGCGGCGCGAAACAUAAAAUCGAAGACAAGCACCGCGUCCCCGCCCGCAUGCAGCGCCUUCUCCUCGGGCGCAAGGAGCUUGACGAGGACGACUGCCUGAUCGUUGAUUACGGCAUUGCCAAGGAGUGCACGUCGAUGCUGACAGGAGGUUUGCGCGGUGGCGGGAAGAAAGGGGCGGUCCCGAUUCCUCCGUUCGACGCGCCCAGCGCGCCGCCAUUCGAGUGUUUCUUCCCCGACUGUGGCGUCCAGCGAGACACGUACUGUGAGCUGAUGGAGCACAUCCGCGAGGAUCACCCGGGCGCGAGCGCGUCUGACUGUGAUGGGACAUUCUUCGGCGACGCUGUUCGGGGCGAGAAGAAGCCCUUAGAGGUGCCGGCGAGCGCGGCGAGCGCGGCUGCCUCGGCGCCAGCCGCCGAGAACGCGGCGGCCGAGGGCGCCACUUCGGCCGGCGCAGCGCCGCCGCCGCCAUUCGACAAGGACAGCAGGCCGCCCUACGCGGGCUGGUUCCCCGAAAGCAGGUGCCAACGUCUUAAGUACGUCUAUAUGAUGAAGCACGUCCGUGAAGAGCACGGCAUGGUAUCGUCGGACUUCAAUGGGACCUUCUUCGGCCAGCAAGUAAGGACGGACAAGAAGAAUGAGAACGAUGCCCCAAAGGAAAAGGCCGCCGCGGCAGGGCCAGCGUCAUCAGCAGAGGCAGCCGUCCCGCGCCAGACUUGGAUCGUCUGCGUUACAGAGCUACGGGCGGAUGACUUGGCGGCCGGCGACAAGAAGAUUGUGUGCACCGUAGGGAAGGGCCGCUUCUUCACGGUCCGAGCUGGCGACCUAAUCAUCAUCGCCUGCUCUGGUGCCAAGGGUAGAGUGACGGCGGCGCGCCAGGCUGCCGCAAAGGCCCAGCCAAGCUCUGACCCGGAGGAUCUGCGGGGCACGGUGCUGCCCGCGAGGUGGGACGACCUCUUGUGCCACUUGGGUGGCAAGCCCUUCACGUGCAUCCACAUGCGCCGCGCCUGGGACGUCCGUGGCCUGCGCGUCACGGCGGAAGCGCUUGUUCGGGACAGCCAGGCCAAGCCCUUGACGCGGGGCUGGCAUCAGCGCUUCGUGAGCGCCUCCAAGGACGACGCCGUCGCCGCAAGGCUGCUGGAGCGCAUCGGCGGCUGCCAUCGCCGGGAUCUCCCAAACAUGUCCGGGGGGCGGCGCGGCACCAUCCGCACGCCGCCCCCCGGAAAUGUUUCUUGCCUCUGCAACCGCGACCGGCGUCGAAGGGGCCAUUCAUUGGCAAACAGUUCUUUUGACGAUUAA